AUGUCGCAACAACGGCCGGAUUUUAUCGACCUCCGGUCAAAGUCGCAAAUGUCGGUUUCGCGACCCUUGCGAUCGCCCCGCAUGCAUGUUGCCGGCGAAGCACCCCCCGAGCUUUCCCCCCUUGAUGCCUUUGCACAGCAGAGCCGGCUGCUAGCCAAGCAAUUAGAGGAUAGCGCGAAGCUGGGACGGCGUAUGAGCCGACUGCCCCCGCUGACUGUCGAGAGCCCUUUGAUCGUCCAGGGCAGAUCGGAAUACUUCCGUUCCCUAUCGCAUGAUUCCGCAUCCGAGGACGAACACCCGCCACUCCAAAACGUCGGGCUCGGUUUGAAGACCGAGAUAGAGGGAGAGCAUGCCGACCGACCUCGGUCGAUGCACCCGCGCUUGAGCCACGUCCCACCUACUCCUGACGAGUCCAUCCCGGUACCAGCCGUGCCAAAGAACGUGGGGCCCGUAAAGCCAAGGCAGCCGAGUGAUGCGGCUACGGACGAAGGCCUGUUCGGCAUCGGGGCGCGCAGAGAACGGUCGCCAUCACCCAUGGGGGCCGCGCUUUCUAGGACGCAGACGGACGGGAGAUCGGCGAACCAAGAUGGUUUACCUCACCAAUCACCCGUGCCCAGCGCGUCUAUAACCAGCUCGCCCGAGCGAAUCUCCAGAAACCCGUUCGAUGCUGCGGGCCUUGUACCUCCCAGGCCAAUGUUCACCAAGCGAUCCUCUAGCCUGAUGUCAUCGCCCCUCGAAUCAACCGACGAAGAAGGCAUUAGCAAUCUGAGCACAUCAGUUCAUUCUCUGGGCUCACGCAAGUUCUCAUCCAGCAGCAGCGUUCUCUCUCCCGCCUACCCCCCAUAUCAACGUUCACCUUCAGUUGCGUCGGAUGCUUCUGGGCUUCCUCGGCCGCAGUUCAACUUUUCCAGGCCUCUAAGCAGAGCAGGGACGCCGAGUUUCGAUCCACCAGCACGUCAAGCGUCAUCCGACAGCCAGGGUUCCUUUUUUCCUACCGACGAUGCCGCCACCCCUAUCAGUUUGACCAGCGAAACCUCGCGGGAAACCGCUGUCGACGACGAUGGUGCGGGCGCGCCGUCUUACAUUUACUCCAAAUUUGCAUUACCGCGGGGCAAAGCACUAAAGAGAGCGUCUGUUAUCCUUCUCAAUGACCCGCCCGCGCGGCCUUCGUUGGACCAGCCUGUAUCGCCCACGAGCAACCCCCCCAACUUUCCCGGGAUCGGGCAACUCCCGCCGUCUCCUCCCACUCGGCCGUCUAGCUCCUCGGGGAACCGCCCGUUUGAUGCCGCCCGGCCGUCACAAGAACGGAGUAAGCUGAGCACCGACAUGAUGCGGCCAGCCGGGCAACCUUCUCCGAAUCCCAGUAGACCAUCGACGGAGAGCGCUCCCGGCUCAGAGGAGGAACAACGAGGGCGGAGCCUAGUUUCCCACUUGAAUGACGCUGCAGCCGGGAAGUCCCUGGCGUCUACUUCAACCAGCGACUCGGCUAGCACUAUCAAGGCCGGCAAGUCUGUGCACUCUGUCGUUCCCACCAUGUCAGAUUUAACGGCAGAGGAACAUGUGAGCAAGUCAAUUGCCCUUCACGAGAGCGGCGCUGUGCAAGAGUCAACUUGGCAUUUGCGACAUGCUGCAAAGCAAGGGCACCCCACUGGCAUGCUUUUGUAUGCCCUCGCGUGCCGACACGGCUGGGGGAUGCGCCCGAACCCGCGGGAAGGUGUUGAAUGGCUUCGCAAAGCCGCAGAUGCUGUCACUCUAGAGAUGAACGACGAAGAAGGCCAAGCCAAGAACGGCAAGGCGGUUGACGUCGCGGAACGCAAGACGCGCAAUGCGCAGUUUGCGCUCAGCAUUUAUGAGCUAGGUGUGAGCCAUAUGAACGGGUGGGGUAUCGAGCAAGACAAGAUUCUUGCACUGCGUUGCUUCGAGAUCGCUGCGUCUUGGGGUGACGUUGAUGCGCUUGCCGAAGCAGGCUUCUGCUAUGCUCAGGGUAUCGGCUGCAAGAAAGAUCUCAAGAAGAGCGCCAAGUUCUAUCGUGAGGCCGAGUCCAAGGGGAUGAGCAUGGUUGGCAACAGCUGGAUCCACAAAUCCAAAUACGACGACGACAAGGACAAACAGUCCCGGUCCAAGUCGAGGUCGAGGAAGAGCUUAUUCAGCCGGAAAAAGGAUUAA